AAAUUUCCGAUUUCUCAGUUCAAUUUUCGCCGUGCUACGGAACACAACUAAACAAAAAAAAAAAUAAAUAAAAUAAAACCCUCGUAGAUAAUUCUCAUCUGAUCAAAAAAUAUGUCUUUGCCACGUGUUUAUUUUGACAUCAACGCCGGGGGCGAAAAACUCGGCCGUAUUGUGAUGGAGUUACGUUCAGACGUUGUGCCCAAGACCGCUGAAAACUUUCGCGCUCUGUGCACUGGGGAGAAGGGCUACGGCUAUAAGGGCUGCCCGUUCCAUCGCGUCAUACCGGGCUUUAUGUGUCAAGGCGGCGAUUUUACCAAUCAGAACGGCACGGGGGGUCGUUCGAUUUACGGCAAUAAGUUUGCCGACGAAAACUUUACGCUGAAGCACACGGGUCCGGGCAUUCUAUCUAUGGCAAAUGCCGGACGUAACACCAAUGGCUCGCAGUUCUUCAUAUGCACUGGGAAGACCAAUUGGCUGGACAACAAGCAUGUUGUCUUCGGCAAAGUUGUGGAGGGCAUGGAUAUUAUAGCCAAAGUCGAGACGAUGGGCUCCAACUCCGGCAAGACCUCGAAGAAAGUCAUUAUCGAAGACUGCGGCAGCUUGUGAAGAGGCUCAAAUUAAUUUAAUGUUUCAGUAUGUACACAGAAAUACUUGAAAUUUGUAACCCAU